AUGAGGAGCAAGGCGAUUGUGAACAUACGACCAUGCUCAAGGCUCUCCCCUCCCUCCUCCUCCUCCUCCGAGCAGUACCCCGAACAAGCAGCUCCUUACGCUCUGGAGGGCUCGACCCUCUCGCAGAGUCCCACCGACCCUCGUUCAAGUCAAAUCAGCUCUGGCAGGCGUUCCUCCCUCAAUGAGGACUGCCCCAUCCUCCUCGAGCUCGCCACACAUCACGACGUCCUCAAGGAAUCUGACCUGGCAAGGUGCGACUCGUUCGUUCUUCAUCACUCGUCUGUGACCAUCGGGGAGCUGCUCGGGCAAGGGUCUUUCGGAGAGGUCAGACGAGGCGUAUGCAAGGGCAGGCCAGUGGCCGUCAAGACCCUGAGUCCCAAGCUCGACGUGCGGUCGAGGGAAGGGAAGGAGCUGCUCAAGGAGAUCGAGAUGUUGAGCCAUGGCUUCAAGCACUGCAACGUGGUGGAGUUCUACGGCAUCUACGAGCACGGCGGGCUGCCAUGGCUGGUGAUGGAGCUGAUGCCAGGAGGGAACCUCGAGCAAUUCUACGAGACCAAGAAGCAGGCGCGACGGAGCCGGCAGUGGCGACCAAGGACCAGCAGGGCAGUGUCGUGGAUAGGGGACAUCCUGAGCGCCUUGACGUACCUGCACUCGCAGACGCCUCCUGUGCUCCACCGCGACAUCAAGCCAGGCAACAUGCUGCUCUCUGCUGGAGGUCGCUCCAUCAAGAUCGGAGACUUCGGGCUCAGCCGCCGCGAGCCUGGCUACAACCUCACGGGGACGACUGGGACGUUCCGGUACAUGGCACCGGAGAUCUAUCGAGGAGAAGCCGACUACACGGCGGCAGUUGACGUGUACUCGUUCGGUCUGUUGAUGUGGUUCAUCUUUGCCGGAGGUCAUCCCUUCAGCAACAUGGACGGGCAGACAGUCGCCCAGCUGGCAGCGACGUACGGCUACUUCCGGCCGCUCGAGCUGAAGAAGAGCAUGAUGCCCAGAAAGCUCGGGGAUAUGAUGAAGCGAUCAUGGGCCAUGAAGGCAGAGGAGAGGCCAAGGGCGGAGGAGCUUCUUCGUGAGCUGGAAGUGUGGAGGAUGGAGCGCGGAGGGUGCGGAGGAUGGUUGAUGGUCUAA